AAAGGCCCAGCAAAGGUUGUACUUCCUGCGCCAACUCAGGAAGUGCUGAUCCUGUUCUACUCCGCCAUCAUCCAGUCUGUUCUCUGUUCUUCAAUUACUGUGUUGUUUGGAUCGGCCACUAAACAGGACACGGACAGAUGACAACGGAUAGUCAGGUCUGCAGAGUGUAACAGGAGUCAAAUUCCAUGUAUGUGCCCACAUACGUGGCCAAUAAAGCUGAUUCUGAUUCUGAUUUGUAUAAAAUUGUAAAAAUGACACUUUCCCAACAUGAAGUCAUGUAGAUGCUGCUGUUGAAAUGCAAAUAUCACAACCAGUACAAAUCCACAGCCACACAGCACAUCAUGGAUUAGCAAGUGUAACAUAGCUAGCUGGAGUUAGCCACGUUAACCACAAAAUGAACAAACACACACAAAGCAUUCAUACCUUUGCACUUGAAAACAUCGUCUGUACAGUUUUGUUUCAUGUUGCUUUAGCUAGUCGAAAGCUUUAUAUUAAUUGGUUAACUCAUAGGUAGCCACAAUGUAAGUAACUAGUUGUGCUAACGUUAGUUAGUUAGUUAAGCUCAAGUUUCAUGCGGUUCUCAUGUCCAUGCACCAGCAACCGGUGGGAGGCGAGUAAAUACAUUUUCUUCUUCUAAUUUCUUCUGCAUUAUUAAAUAUAAAUACACUUUUUAAAUUUUUUUAUUAUUGGUAUUUAUUACUUUCUAUUUUCAGUUAAUUAUUUUUACUUGAAUGUGGGAAACCGUCUCCCUAUUUUUCAAACACCCAGUCGCCUACAUAUCCCAGAGUUCAAAGCCCUCGUUUGUUUGGACUGGACCUGAGCUGCUCUCACUGAGCACCCGGCGGCCCUGCGUGUUUUACGAUAAUGCUGGCAGUCUCUCUCCUCUUGCAUCAAAAUGAAGAGCAUGUCUGGCUGAAGCUUCGUGGUUAACGGAAAAAGAAAAGAAAAAACGGUAACAUGAGAUGGAGAUCACUCGGACCAGACCGUCCUUGUAUGGAGAAAUCGCUCAUGGGCUUGGAUUCUGGACAGACCGGUCAGCAGUGCAUGAGGCCGCUGCACAGGGCAGGGCCCUUCAGUUGCAGCAGCUGAUCGAGGGAGGCGCAGCAGUUAAUAUUGUGGCAAUCGACUCCAUCACCCCCCUGCAUGAGGCGUGUAUACAGGGACAGACCCAAUGCGUCAGACUGCUGCUGGACGCUGGCGCACAGGUAGAUGCUCGUAACAUCGAUGCAAGCACACCGCUGUGUGAUGCCUGUGCAGCAGGUAGCCUUGAAUGUGUCAAGCUGCUGUUGGAGUAUGGAGCAACAGUUAAUCCUCCACUGUUUACCUUCUCACCGCUUCAUGAGGCUUGCAUGGGAGGAAAUUCUGAUUGUGUUCAGCUCAUGAUUGAUCAAGGAGCUUUUAUGGAGGCCCAUGACUGCCACUAUGGGACACCGCUACAUUUAGCCUGCGCAAUGCAACAUUAUGACUGCGCUAAAGUUCUCCUAAGUGGAGUUUUGUCUUACUUUCCCAAAGGAGCAAAUGUGAAUGCUGCCAAGCUACAUGAGACGGCCCUUCAUCAUGCAGCCAAAUCCAAGAGCAUUAACUUGAUUGAUCUACUUGUGGAGUUUGGGGGGAACGUGUAUGCCAGAGAUAACCUGAACAAAAAACCCAUCCACUACACCAGUCAGGGAUCCACCCCCUAUCUCUGCCUCGAGUUUUAUGAGAAUACCCCUCUGAGUCUACAACAGAUCAGCAGAGUGGCUGUGAGAGGGGCCCUCGGCAUAAGAGCACAGGAAGUGGUUUCCAAACUGAACUUGCCCAAUCGCAUCAUAUGUUUCCUGUCUCACAUGCCACCUCCAGUUAUUGAAAUUGAAUCUCCUGUGAGAAACAUCAGAUGCAGCUCUUAAAUGGUUAAAUGUAGACCAGUUAUGUUUGUGGAUCACUCUCCGGAAAGUCAUAUGACAGGAUGUUGAUUUUGGCAGCAGAACUACAGCACAGAUCAAAUAUCAAAACAUUUCCAAACUGGAGAGAUUUCAUAACUUAAAUAAUAAGACUGUUUUGCUCAAGCAAAUUUGGCACCGUUGAUACCAUCAUCUUAUCAUGAUGUUCUGGCCAACCUGUCACCUGUAAACAACUGCCUGCUUACACAUCCACUGGAGUUAUGUUUAAGUCCAGCAUUUACUUUAAUUUAAACCCUUUGUUUGGAAAAGAAUGUCUGUUCCUGGGGGUAAAGUGAGAUGAGACUCAACCAUACAGUCUACACGAAGGACAAAAAACUAACGACUAGCUAUUAAAGGUAAACACACCGGUGAUAUAUUACCAGUAAUCAAUUUGCCCUCAAACACAGACUCUCCUUUUAGCUCUUUGCACUUGUUGCGUCACUUCCACCUUUAGCCCCGUUUUACGACAUCUGUUAACGCGACCUCGCAUAACUUCACCCUGAGCAGAGUCAGUCACACCUUUGUGGGUGUGGUGGGCCCUAAACAAUGCAUUCCCAGAAACAACUUUGGCAACAGAACAAUUUCACAGUACAUGGAAUCAUUAGAAUCAGUGUUAUUUUUAAAAGUAUUGCUUAAUGGAGCUUGAAAUACAGAAAUGAACCUGGCUUGAUCAUCAUGAUCUUGUAAUACUUAACCAGAAGAAACAGGAUUAUUUAUCUCUGUAUAUAUUAUCUAACUAUUUUUCAUGUAAAUUUGUAAAUAAUAUAGAUGGCUCCACCUCUUUAAAUGUGUGUAAAUAAAAAGACCACUCCUGGACUAUUUUAAAAAUAA